AUGGAGGAAGAUAAGAAAUCAGAACGGAAACGAAAGAGGUUUUCAGCGCGAUUAUACAGUUCUAAAGGAAUAGUAUGUUCCAAUACACUGGGCCCUAAAAUUGUUCUCUGUAAUGCUGGACAGGCCACUGGGCUAGAAAACUAUAAUAUACAUAAUGUAAUCAAGGAGCAAAGGUUAGAUAUACCUUUACCCAAGUUUAUAGCUGAGAAAGGAGAGUCCCAUUCCUUUUUAGUAUUUGAUGCAACAGAAAGUGCAGUACUAUUUUUUAAUAUAUGCAAUGGUAAAGUGAAAAUUGGGGAAAAUGGAACUCCACUUUAUUUAAAUUUUGUUGAAGAAGUUCCAAGCACAGAAGUGAUAUGUAGUCUUGAUAACCCUAAAGGUCUGUUACUCCUAAAUAACUUCAUCACUAUUGAUGAGGAGGCAAGUUUUUUGAAACUAUUCAACUGGAACCCCGAAUCAAGUAAUUUAAAAAAUAGACAAGUUAAACAUUAUGGUUUUGAGUUUAGAUAUGGAAGUAAUGAUGUGGAUUUAAGUAGCCCAUUGAAAGAAAAGAUACCCAAGGAAUGUGAUGUGUUGUGGCAGCGACUGAAAGAACAUGGAUUUAAUCUUGGUACUCCAGAUCAAUUGACCAUAAAUAAAUAUAGUCCAGGACAUGGAAUACCAGCUCAUGUUGACAAACACAGUCCAUUUGAAGACACAAUUCUGUCACUGUCAUUAGGCUCUGACGUAGUGAUGGAUUGGAGACAUCACAGUGGUAAAUAUGUGCCAGUUUUGGUACAGGCACGAUCACUGCUCGUAAUGCAGGAUGAGGCUAGGUAUGAUUGGCAGCACGGAAUCCAACCACGCACGUAUGACCCCGUCAUUGAACAUCGUCGUUCAGAUGAUUCUAAGAAUACAAUCAGAGUGAUAACCAGUGAUACUACACCAAGGCAAACGAGGGUAUCAUUAACAUUCCGAUGGACUAGAACCGGCCCUUGUGAAUGCAAAUAUAAAACUCUUUGUGACACAGUAAAAAAUGUUUCAACUGAUAAUUUGGAAGAUGAAAUCGCUUCUAAUUUGGAAGAGUUGCACGUACAUCAAGUUUACGAACAAAUUGCGGGUCAUUUCAGUACAACUCGUCACAAACCGUGGCCAAAAGUAGUACAGUUCAUGGAGGGAGUGCCCGCUGGCAGUGUGGUCUUGGAUCUAGGCUGCGGUAAUGGCAAGAAUAUAUUGAGGAGAAAUGAUAUUGUGCAGAUAGCAUGUGAGCGCUCAACGGGUUUAUUGGCCGAAUGUAAGGAGCACAUCCUUGGCGUGAGUGGUGCGGAUUGUUUGCGGCUGGACCUGCUGCGCGUGCCGCUCAGGAACCAAGGCGCUGAUGUCGUUAUUUGUAUUGCUGUUAUACAUCACUUUAGUAGUAAGGCGAGGAGGCUACAAGCUAUAUCGAACAUACAUCAAUUACUUCGGAACGGAGGUAGAGCCCUCAUCACCGUCUGGGCAAAAGAUCAAACUAAAUCCAAUUACCUGUGCAAAAAUAAGCUCAACCAAUAUACUGAGACCAGCGAGACUCAGGUCUCGGUUGGAGGAGUCCACUUACCAGUGCAUGAAAAUAGAACCCAGUUCAAGCAUAAAGAUUUAUUAGUACCGUGGAAGUUGAGGAAAGUGAAUAAUAAUAAACUCGAAAAUAAACCAGAAGAUACCCUAUUAAGGUAUUAUCAUGUUUUUGAAGAAAAUGAAUUGGAUCAAUUGUGUGAAGAAGCAAAUUUUGUUAUAGAAAACAGUUUCUAUGAAGAGGGUAACUGGUGUGUUGUCUGUAAGAAAAAAUAA